AGCUUUCUCUCUCUGGGCACCCAGCGUGUUCUCUCUCUCUCUAUCUCUCUCUCUCUCUGGCCAUGGGCACCCAUCUCUCUUCCCCUCUCCCAAUCCCAAUCACCUCUGCAAUUCCAACAUUACGAUCAAUCCCGUCUCCCAAUCCCUGCGCCCAUCUCUCAAACUCAAAAGUCAAAACAAAAAAUGGCAUUGGGAUUGCAGGGUUCAAAAUCCCUCGGGGGCUUUGUUCUUCUGCUCCUCCUUGCUGCGAUCGGCGCCGUGGCCGGAGCAGCGCCGGCCCCAAAAUCCAGUAACAAAACAAGCAUCGGAGAAGGAGGAGGAGGAAGCAUCUACGAUCACCUCCGGCAAUAUGGGUUACCCAUCGGCCUCCUCCCCAAAGGCAUCACGGAAUAUUCCCUCGACGAUUCCAGCGGCGAAUUCCGGGUGUUUCUGCCCCAGCCUUGCCGCGCCAAGUUCGAGAAUCAGGUCCGGUACGAUUUCAACGUCUCUGGGACUCUCACUUUCGGCCGAAUCGCCGACUUAUCCGGCGUCUCCGCUCAGGAACUCUUCCUCUGGUUUCUGGUGAAAGGUAUCCGAGUCGAUGUGCCCAGCUCUGGCCUCAUUUACUUCAAUGUCGGCGUUGUCGAUAAGCAGUUCUCUUUGUCCCUCUUCUAGUCUCCGCCCGAUUGCACUGCUCUUGAUCCUUCUGAUCCCUCCUCUCCUUCUUCUUCUUCCAAUUCCCCAUCUGAGCUCAAGCUCAAGGUAGAUUGUGAUUCUGAUUCCAAUUCCAAUUCUCAAUUCGAUUCCGUUGCUUCGAUUUGAUGAAUGCGAAAUUUGAACUAAGGAUGGGCGUAGGGAUUGUGGUGGUGAUCAGUGAUGGGGAUGGGGCUGGGAUUAGAAUAGGGUUUUGGUGGGGUUGAGUUUGGUGGUGUGGAUUUAGAAGGUGGAGGAGAUGCGGUGGUCGCUGGGGUCGAGUUUUCUGGGUUUGGGUAUGUGGAGGGAGGGAGGAGAUGCGGUGGUCACCGGGGUCUAGCUU